GCGGGCCCAUGGCCGGCGGUGCGGUGGAAGGCUCGGGCGGAAAUUUGAACGGAAUCUCAAUGAGCACCGGCGGCGGCGGCGGCGGCUUCGGAACAUGGCGAAGAUGAUCGUCGGUUUCCUCCUCUUCAUCUCCCCGGCUUUUCCCGUCGGGCCGUCGCGGAUGGAGCUGCAAGCCGAGGCUAAAGAAUUAUGUUUUGGAGUGAACAACGAGCCUUACUGGUGUGAGACAGGAUACUGCUGUGGGGAGACGGAGUGCUGCACCUACUAUUAUGAAUUGUGGUGGUUCUGGCUGGUCUGGACUAUCAUUAUUAUGCUUAGUUGUUGCUGUGCAUAUCGACACCGGCGUGUAAAACUGCGACUGCAGCAGGAGCAACGUCAGCGGGAAAUCAGCUUGAUGGCCUACCAGGGCGCUAGUACCUACACAACACAGCCACUGGAUUUAAGGUUCUGGACAAACUGUAAGCUCCCAGACUAUGAGGAGGUGGCAGGGCACCCUCCAACACCCCCACCUCCCUAUACUGAACUACAGCAGCAGCAUGCACAGACCUCUAACCAAGAAAAUGUGGUUGUCGAGAGCCAGCCUGUUUUACAGGAGUCUGUAAACUCACUUGUGGCAGAGACAGCAACACAAGAAGCAGAGUCUAGCUCCUCCACUCAUGAACAGGAGAAUGACCAUCAGAUGUCUGAUGACCCCACAGACGCAUCACCCACUUCUCCAGCUGACAGAGAAAAUGGUGACAUUGUCCAAGAUGAGGAAUCUGCUGCACUCUCGACUUCUGAUUUUAAAAUGUUGGAAACGGAUUCUGACCUGUGCGAUCAAGGGGAAGGGAAGGAAGAAAGCUCGAGGCACAGGCGGAUCACAGGAGACUCUGGCAUUGAGGUGUGCGUGUGCCAGCUGGAUGAGGACCCUUACCAUGAGGAAAUGGGGCUGAUGGGCAGUGUUGGUGCCUCCCAAUGUUGCGAAUCCCAGUCGUCCUGCAGCUCUCACCUUCACGUGGAGCAACUCUCCAAGCAGGCUAUCACUAUGGGCACUAAGCUGCAUACUGCUAAGGAACGAGAGGAGGAUGGUGACAUUGUGUAGCAUGUGCCACUACUCCCAGUACGUAAAAAUGAAACACAGAUGGUGCAAUCCAUGACUGCUGACUGUUCAGCAUUAAUUCUGGACUUAAGGAAAACAUUGGAUAAGGGGCCUGAAGUGCAUCAGGUGUAAGAUGCAGAUGGUAGUCUAUAGCUGUAGAAGUUUGGGAUCGGUCCAGGUUUCACAAUCAGAGUUGCCUACUCCUCAGCCAGAUUUCCUUCUAACGUUUUCUAAAAAAUGACUGUAGCACUACAUCUCGCUUUGAUAAUUUUCAAAUCUUUGUCUUCACAUACACUCGCAUCAAGAACGUUUGACGUUUAAUUUCAAUAGGAGUGGGAAACAGUUUUUCCAAAAUAAAUAAAACCUUCUCCUGAGAAUCUGCCAUUUUGAGUAGGAUGGUAUGGGCCUGUGGUCUCGCCCUCUGCCAAUUCUCUUGUGCAGGUUGCUUUAGUUAAUAGUAUCACUUUUAUUACCUCCGCUCGAUACAUGCCACACCUAUUUGGAGCUCCUCACGGAAAGGCCGGCCAAGGAUUUACAAAUCAGUACGUAGUGACUCUAUGCCUGUGGUGCAGCACAUUGACUCAUUACUGCCACGUGCCUCCGGUGUGUCGUCUUCACUUAACUUAUUAGCAGUGGACCUGUUGGAUGCAACGUGCUGAGAUCGGCGUUUUGUUUUAACAUGGUUAUGUUGUCUGAACUGCACUAAUGCAUCAACUAUUUCUAAAUACGAGUUUACUUUUUUAAAAGUUUAAUUUAGAUUUGGGCCUACCAACUAUUAUUCCUGUGGUACUGUUGGUAGAAGUUUGACUGAGAAACCUUUUGCCAAUGAAUGUUUAAGUGAAAUACAAAGCCUUUAUAUUCAUGUUAAGUUGAGCACCCCCAGCAAAAAAAAAAGCCAAACCUAAAGGCAUUCACUUAUAGGAUACUAAUGCUGUUUGUAUGAGAAAAUCGAUAAGACAAGAUGGGUGUUUUUUUUCUGCCCAGUUGAAAUAAGCUUGCAGUUCUCAAGGGUUGCAGACUUUGAAAUGUUAACUCAGCUAGCUGACAGCAUCUGAGGACAGAAGGCAAAGUUUCUCUACCAAACUCUGCUCUUGUGAACGUGGGCAAUGAUAAGAUUGCAUGUUGAGCUGUCGGGGAAAAUACUGCUCAAUAGAAGAAUUUCACUGGGUGGGAGGAAUCAGCAACAAUUCAUAUUGGUACCAAGUUAAAGUGUAUUGGAUUAAAGACAUUGCUUUUCUCCUCUAACAACACAAUCUAUAUUUCUGCAUUUUAAACCAACAUGUUGAGUACAGUGUUGUACAAUAAUAUACAACCUUUAAGUACCUCUAAUUAAUUGCUUCAGUGUCAAGGAAAAUACAAUAAUUGCAAAAAGAGUCAUCUAUUACAUAUGAGCAAGGAAGAAAAUAGUCUUGCAACAGAAAUGCUAGAGAAUACUGGGGAUGUCAUUGGUGUAUAGGACUGUCUGCUCGCUGUUGUCUGACAACAAUCCUUAUUCCAAAUGCUCUCCUACAACAAGGAGAAAAGUGUCAUGAGCCAUAAUGAAACUGCUGCUAAAAAUUAUUCAAAACUCGAGGAAACUAGAGUGCAAAUUAAGCAAAAGGUCCGCUUUGAAGCUGGAAAAAUGCAUGCAAGGAUUGAAGAAAUGUAUUCUGAAUUGGAGUGAAGCUCAAACCAAAUGGUUCUGAGUUUCAUCACACAUUGGAUGAGAAUAAAGGACAAAUGUGCGACCAGUGCCUUGCAAAGAACUGGACUGAAUAGACGAUGUUUUUUAAAAAAGCAUCUUUGCAACGUACAAGUAGUAGCAAAUGUUUAUUGAUUAAAGUGGAAUCUGAACUCAUUGAAUGAUAGGCUGCAUAAUUGUGGUAGAAUACUGCUCACAGAAGGCCAGUAUCAUAGUUUGAAAGUGUUUUUAACCAAUAUUUGAGAAUGAAACGUGGCCAUACUUUGUCCUCGUAAUAUCUAUUUUGACUGAGAAUAAAGACUUCAAGACUCAUUCUCUGCUUUACAGAACCAAAUGUUACAAGCCACAAUAUUGUGAAAGCAAAGAGCAGCUUCCAAAAAAAACCUUCAAAUAAACAAACAGAAGUAGAGAGUAUUUUGUACACUUUCCCUUAUAUCUGAUAUGUUAGGCAUGGCAAGCUAAUAAAAACUUUUAAUCGCAAUGUAGAAAGUAGUUCAUGGCAAAACUAUGCUGAAGGUGAGCAAAAUAUUUAAAAUUCCAGGUUGAAAACUCCACCUUCAGCCACAAAGCAAAGUAGUGAUGACUGGAGGCCUUUGAAUUCUGAUGUUACAGAGAUGUGGGAAAACAAGCAAGUCUGAACUUUGAAUUGACUCAAGAGAAGUGAAAAGAUUGUUUCACAAGAGAGAGAGAAACAGCACAUUCAAUCAGAAAUAAAAGUUGUUUCUUUCCUCCAAUGACAUUAAGAUUAAUGUACUUAGAUGUUGGGAUGGAAAAGAGUGUUAGACUCCAAACUCCUCUAUAAAUCUGUUAGCAGAUCAGCAAAUACAGGGAGCAGUUGGGACAGAAACCUAGAUUGCAAAGGAGAGAAAAAGAUAUUCAGAUCCUCAGACAGUGUCUUUUUACAUAUGUAAUCAGGUGUCCUUUUAAAAUACAAGCUUGAGGGAGAUUGUCUUUUUUUUGCCGUAGUGGAAUGCAAUUAUAUUUUGAUGCCUUUUUAAUAAGAAACAUUUUAAUUUUGUAAUACUUUGAUAGACACGGAUAGAAAAUGCAUGUUCGAAGGUGUGAUGUACAAUGAAAUUUCAAACUCAAAAUGACAGUGAAGUCUUUCAUAUAUAAAAUAAAACAGUUAUUUGCUGUUUUGGA